UUUUAUAAGCGCAGAUCUCCCGGGCGAGUCGUUGGGGGUGCCCCCGGUCUGCCUCCGCAGGCCGGUGAGAACUGCGGAAUGGCGGGACGCAAGCCACUGUGAACAACUUCUUCCUUGGGCGGAGCAUCAUAUUUCGGCUCAUCGGUCUGGAGGUACAACGUCCAAUCGUGAAGAAUGAGUCUGUCUCGCGUGUCUCGCAUGAGCAAUAACGGAAUCGCCCUUCGGAUUUCCACGUCAUCCGCUGAUCUCUCGUUUUUAAUUAAACAUUCAGGCACCAUUCUUUCUCUCCAGGUGAGAUGCUGAAUGGCCUGUUCUAGAAGUUCGCGCUUCUUGGAUCCAUUGUACAAAAGCGCUGGCCUCUGUUGUUGUGACAUGAGACUCCACAACUGAGCGUCCAGUAGGGAGCGCAGAUAAUUCUUCCUUCUCCUCGACUUGCCGACCCGACUCAUCUCCGCCAUCCUAAGCACAUGUACACAACUAGUUAGAUGUACACGCUCCGUGUAGAGUCCAGAUAUUGAAUUACUUGCUCUCGAAAUUCGACGACAAAUCUCUCAUAGCUCGAGAACGCUGGACAGCCGCUGGGAUAGAACUUUUCACCGAAGGUUUGAAGAUCGGAGGCCAGUGUCAAGUACGUGAGAAAGUUCUGCUGCCAGCCCUCUCGUGACGACUGCCGUAGAGAUGCCGGCUGGCACGGUCAAAGUAAACUUGAUAGGAGCUUCAGCGAUCAAGGACUCGGAAUGGAUUGGUAAAGGGGAUCCCUAUGUUGUUAUAAUGUGUGGAAAGCGAGAAGUGACGAGCAACGUUGCGAAAAAUCAAGGCUCCACACCAGUCUGGAAUCAGAAGUUCCACUUCUAUGUUGACGACAGCGACACAGAUGUGCAAAUCAAAAUAUACAAUGAAAAUGCGCUGCAAACAGACGAUAUCAUAGGGACUACCACAAUUUCACUGUCAGACGCAUUUUCCCAGAAAAAACUGCCAGUAACGCAAUACACUCUUGAACCCCGGGGAGAUAUCGGCCUUCAAAUCUCGUACACUCCAAAGGUGAAGCCAGCGGUCCGACUUACUCAGAGCUUUCCUGGCCCUUACGGUUCCCAGACACACUCCAGCCCUUACGUUCAAGCCCAGCCUGAGGCCAAACAGGAUGGCGAGUACUUCACAGGUCAUUAUGGACAGCAUCAUGGACAGCAUCAUGGAUCUUCUACGAGGUACUGAUCGAAUAUCGACCUGGUUGUGCUAAGUUUGUCGGAGUUGAGGUAGAAAAUUAAUUGCUUUCAGGAACAAAGCACUUCCUAUGGACAGCGGCAGAGCAAAGUGGCGUAAAGAUGUGGACUGAUUCCUCGGGAUCUCAUUUGGCAUCUCAUCCCGAGAAUAUUCUCCGAAAUUUAUCGGAAUCGAUUCAAUGCCACUUUAGAGUGAGCCCAACGGGGAGUGACUCUAACUGAGGAGAUAUAUCUUGAAAUCUGUCAUUGGUGUCGCAUAUAUCUAUAUGGAGAUGUGAGGGAGUGAGUAGAUUCGUGUUUCUUAGGGAAGAGGAUUUUCUUCUGAGAGUUGUUGGUCUAGAAGUAGAAUGAGGCCAAAGGCUUGUAGUUGGAUGAAAGAGUCGCACGAUCACUUCGUUCGUCUUUUUACUUGCCUUGCUUCGAAGCCUUGAGUGGAAAUUUUUCCCCUUCGACCUUUAGGAUACAGACUUGUAUUUAUACUGUUUACAAACAGACCCUGCAUAACUUUGACAUGAUUUCUUUGUAUUACAGCACAGCUGAGACCUUGGAGUUGAAACUUGCUCCAGAUAUUUUAUAUAUCUGGAGGGUGUAUUGGAGAUUCUCUUGUCAUGAAUUGAUAUUUCAAGAAAGUACCU